AUGUGCCCAGUCAUACCGCCCAACCCCUACGUAUGCUGCUGCAGUCCAGCCGCACCUCGCCCGCCACAGCGCGACUGGCAGGACGUUCAAUUCGACAAUAUCCACGCGCACAUUCACCCCAAGUUCAUGGAAAGUGAACUCAAGCGCCAGCACGAACGAUACCAGGAAGUGGAACAGCGGAAGAAGCGCGAUGAAAGGCGCAACAAACCCCGCAACUAUGGAGUCGUAUGCAACCCUCCUUUGCCAAAGGAUUGCACGCUCUCGCCUCAAGCCGUCCAAGCUGCUAUACACGGUUUCACGCCAUGCCAGCCCGUGCCACUUCUGGCGCCGACUUAUACACCUCGUCCCCCUAAUCGAUACACUUGGUUCACCGCGAACGGGCAGUACCAUUGGGACCCAAGCCCGCGCUGGUUUUGA